AUGGAGGCUUUGCUAUCACACUCCUUCGACUACCUUUCCUCGAGUUCUCCUCAGAAAAUCCGUAAAGGACUCCGCCAGGUAGAAGGCUUGCUUGCACAACUAUGCCUGUCCAGAACCAAUCACGCCGCAAACAAACGCCAGUCUAUGAUUCUCCUGGGAUCAUCGAGUCCUUCCUCGCCUCAUUCGAAGAACCUUUCAGAGCUACCUUCAGACCCAGCCUUUCGCGAAUUCUUCAAACUACAACAGAGCUUCCAAUGGAACAUUUCGAUGAGGCUGGUUGCAUGCCUCGAGAGACUCCUGGGCAAAGAAAGCAAUGGGACGAAUGAUCUGUUAAUCAUUCAGACGUUGGAUUUGAUCCAAGGAGUCCUCCUGCUCCAUCCGCCUUCGAGAGCGCUGUUUUCGCAGGAGAUAUACAUGAACCUCUUUCUCGACCUUCUCGACCCUUCAAAUUGUCCCGCUAUCCAAUCCUCUACAAUUAUGGCCCUUGUGACCUCAUUACUUGACAACCCCCAAAACACUCGUACAUUUGAAUCCAUUGACGGCCUGCUGGUAAUCACGUCCUUGUUCAAAUCCCGAGGAACUUCCCGCGAGGUAAAAUUGAAACUGGUUGAAUUCCUUUAUUUCUACCUCAUGCCCGAAACUACAUCCUCGAAGCUUGCGGGCUCAACAUCUGCCACAAACACCGCGAUUUUGGGAGGGCGAGGAAAGGAAGUGAUUGCCGCUUUUGAUCGCAGGAGAGGGGAGACGGUCAAUGGUGCCGAUGGUGGGGGGGUGGGUGGGAAAGGUGCGAAUGUGAAAGACUCUGGCAAUACCAGGACGACCGAGGAAAAACAGAGUCUGCUGGGGAAGCAUUUGAGUAACGUGCAGGAUUUGGUGGAGGACCUGAGGGAGGGGGGAGGUGUCUUUGGCGUUGGCGCUAUCUGA